GGCGAAUCCAGCGCCCCUAAAAAAGUUGCCAGAGAGAGAAGAGAGGCGAGCGUAUUUCUUCUUCCCCCUCUCGGAAGAGGAGGAGGGCUCCGUCCGCAGUCGCAGGGGCUUCUCGCGAGCGAGGCCAGGCGAGGCUCCUCCCACCACCACCCCGUUCACCAGCAGCUCAUCGCCACCUCCGGCCGCAUACUAUUAUUACCAUCGCCCCCGCAAAUCCUCGCCCCCUCCCCGUUCGUCCUCCGGCUGAUUGAUUGAUUACCCCCCGCCCCUAAGAACCGAAAUAAGAAAUAAAGAUCUCCGCUUUGGCCGUCGAUCUCCGGUGGUUGAUUCUGUGAGCGUCCGCUGCUGGUUCGUCCAAACCGUUCGGCCGGCUCCUCUCUUCGGUUUCCUUUCUCAGGUUGGAUCGAGCGCAUUAGGCAGGAGAUGGACGUGGAGGGCAAGAUGAAUUUGGAGAUUGGAUCCAAGGACAUGGAGGUGGAGAGCAGGAACCUGAAGCUGGAGGAGCCACUGCCUUCCUCCGCGAUGGACAUGGACGAGCCUGGUGUUGCUGAGAGUGGCGAGGUGGAUGACAGCAAUGGCAGCUCCAAGGAGUGCCCCUUGACCCCCAGGGAUUCCAUGGCCUCCAAGGUUCCUGUGGCCAAAGAGCCGAGAUCAGUCAGCACCGACUUUGGGGAUGAGCUGGACCUUGAGCUUGGGAGUGGAGAGCCAGAGCCCGGCAGGCAGCAGGAGAGGAAGCUCUCAAGGCAAGACCGGAUGGAGCUCAGCCAGUUGUUCCAGCAUGCCGUGAGCUCUCAUGAUUGGGAGUGCGCUGAUGGCUUGCUGGCCAAAGCUGAUGCACAGGGACUCAAUGAUGUGCUCUGCGUGGCGGUCGAUGCCAUUUGGUUCUUGAGCGACAAGGAGGAGCUGUAUGCCAUCGUCGCCUUGAUCAAGAGGAUUGUGUCGGCGGGUGCGAAUGAUUUCACACGCGCCGCGCUCCGGACAUCGUUCCUGGCAUCGUGUGUGUCGGCAUGCAGGGGGCGGACGACCAGCCUCGCCGAUGCCGUGAGCUUCAUGGGUCAAAAGUUGCAUGAACGCCUCCAAGAAUCCCAUGGCGAUGAGGUAUUGAAGGCAGAGGCAAGUGCAAAGGUACAUAAGUUCACAGAAUGGGCUCUGAAGUGCAUUGGAUUACACGCCCGUGUGCGGGCGAGUAGGGGCAAAGGAAACCAUGGCACAAUCAUUGAGGUUCAGCUUCAGCUAUCUGCUUUCAAGACAUUUCUGGAUAUUGCUGAUAAUGAUCUUACCGGGAAAGAUUUCACUGAGGCCUUUGAUGCUGCAUGCUUUCCUCUUACACUGUUCUCAAGCACCUUUGACCAAGGAUGGGCAGCAGGGAUCUCGGCAGCUGCUAUACAAGGUCUGUUAGAGCUGUUGGUAGAGGGUGGCGCAGACAAUGUGAACCAAUGCUUUCUUGAAGCUGCACGCUAUGGAAGCACUGAACUCGUCCGCAUCUUACUUCAGAUUGCUCAAAGGAACAGCUUGGACAUUGAUGUGGAUCUAGCCCUUGGUUUUGCUGCCCACUACGGGAAACUCGAAACCAUGGGGUGCUUAGUUGAGGAAGGUAAUACUGUCGCCUUCCUUGGCCCUUUAAUGCGGGCAGCUGAGCGUGGAUGCUUUCAAGUUGUGGAAUGGUUUGUGAACCGUGGCUGUCGGGACAUGGAGCUUUGCCUGGCCCUUACUGCUGCCACCUCUAGUAGCCAGGUUGAAGUUGCUGCCUAUCUCCUGCCUCUAGUCCCCCAACUUGUUCUUGCCCCACUCAGCAUCGAGAUUGUGAAGGCUGCUGGCGAGAGGAGCACAGGUUCCCUCCAAGGUGUGGAUUUUCUUCUCCGGUCGGACUUCCUCAAUGACCCAGCCGCCACAUAUGCUGUAGCAGACAGCAUAGCAAGAUGCGCUGAUGAGGCUGUAGAUGCCAAGCUUAGGCUGUUCAUGCUCGAGCAGUGGUCAGAGGAAGCCUUCAACAAGGGAUUCGUGUCUUCACAAGAGCACUUUGUCAACAUUACAAGGAUAAUGCAAAGGGGUGAGUCGCCGGUCGUCCUGAGACAGCUCCCGCUUCAGCUGGUGAUCGCCAUGGCCUACCUGCCACUGUACAGGGAAUGCGUCGGGUCAGGUGGGCGGCUUCUGCCGCAGAGGCUAAGAGGCCAGCUCGUGGAGGCUGCAGGCAGGCUGGAGGGCCGGCAACUGGACAGGGGCACCCAGCAGAGCGAGCUGCUGGCCAUCCUGGAGCACCACCUCCCGCGUUUUCUCGUUCAGACUUGAAUGAAGGUCGCAACCUGCACUCAAACCGCAUCGGCAUCGGCACCGUCAUCGUCAUCGGUCAUCGCAAGCAAGUAGCGAAGGGCGUCGCACCCACCAUCCAUCCUCAUCGUACCCUGCUUGUCGACAUCCGCAAUGAUAGCACCACCCUGAGAGGCUCACCCCCCCUGACUCUCCUGCAGGCGCUCUUCGGAGAGUAUAUAGUUUUGGUACAAGGUGUUGUGUUGUGUCGUGUGUGUGUGUGUGUCGUCUGUGUGUGUCUUGUGCGAGGCGUCUGUUGAGUAUUUACCGGAACCGCAACCGUCAGAAAAAAAAUGAUAUAAGCGUCGUCGAGGACAUGUUUCUCCAGUUUUCGGUAAACCAUACAUAUGGCCUUGUUUGCUGCU